GUAUUUCCAGAGAUUUCAUCAUCCUCUCGGUGGUCCAUGCUUCUUCUUCUCCGUAGCGCAGCAUCAGCACUGCUGAGGACCAGCCCGGAGAUCCGCUCCCUCUGUUCCCUGCUCACGGUCCACUGUGGUCGCUACCAGCCCCGAAACAGGCCGCUUUCCACGUCGGUCCGCCUGUGUAGGAAGAAGAAGAAGACGAGCCUGUGGCUGCAACUGGCGGAAGGACAAACCAUGGACGGAAACAUCGAGGAGAUUCUCGCCCCUCUGAGGCUCGCAGUCAAAGAACAGGGAGACCUGGUGCGCCAAAUGAAACAGGACGGCGCUCCAGAUGUGGAUGUUACUAAAGCUGUGGCCGAGCUGAAAGCCAGGAAGAGGACUCUGGAGGCUAAGGAACUGGCAUUGCAACCCAAAGAUGACAUCGUUGACAGAACCAAGAUGGAGGAUACCCUCAAGCGGCGCUUCUUCUAUGACCAGGCCUUCGCCAUUUAUGGCGGUGUGAGCGGCCUGUAUGACUUCGGCCCUGUGGGCUGCGCCCUGAAGAACAACAUCCUGCAGGCCUGGAGACAACACUUCAUCCAGGAGGAGCAGAUCCUGGAGAUCGACUGCACCAUGCUGACCCCGGAGCCCGUCCUCAAGACUUCAGGACAUGUGGACAAAUUUGCUGACUACAUGGUUAAAGAUGUCAAAAAUGGUGAAUGCUUCAGGGCCGACCACCUCCUCAAAGCGCAUCUCCAGAAGCUGAUGUCUGAUAAGAAGUGUUCUGCAGAGAAGAAGGCUGAGAUGGAGGAGGUCAUCACUCAGAUGGACAACUUCACCCAACAAGAGCUGACCGACCUCUUCGUGAAGUACAGCGUGAAGUCUCCGACCACAGGAAACGAGCUCACAGCCCCCAUCUCCUUCAAUCUGAUGUUCCAGACGUCCAUCGGGCCGGGCGGGAACAUGCCAGGCUACCUGCGGCCUGAAACAGCUCAGGGAAUCUUUCUUAACUUCAAGCGUCUUCUAGAGUUUAACCAGGGGAAACUGCCCUUUGCUGCUGCUCAAAUAGGAAACUCCUUCAGGAACGAAAUCUCUCCUCGCUCUGGACUCAUCCGCGUUAGAGAGUUCACCAUGGCUGAGAUCGAGCACUUUGUGGACCCUGCGGAGAAGUCCCACCCCAAAUUCUCCAGUGUAGCCGACCUGGACAUCAUCCUGUACUCCUCCAAGGCUCAGACCAGCGGCCAGUCGGCACAGGUCAUGAGGCUGGGCGACGCCGUGGAGCAGGGAGUGAUCAAUAACUCCGUCCUGGGCUAUUUCAUCGGGAGGAUCUACCUCUACCUUACUAAAGUUGGUAUCGCCAAAGACAAGCUGCGUUUCCGACAGCACAUGGACAACGAGAUGGCUCAUUACGCCUGUGACUGCUGGGACGCCGAAACCAAAACCUCUUACGGCUGGAUCGAGAUUGUGGGCUGCGCUGACCGGUCUUGUUUUGAUCUGAAAUGCCACUCAAGAGCCACCAAGGUCCCGCUGGUUGCCGAGAAGCCUUUAAAAGAACCGAAAACUGUAAAUGUCGUCCAGUUUGAGCCCAACAAAGGUGCCAUUGGCAAGGCCUACAAGAAGGACGCCAAGAUCGCCAUGGAGUAUCUGUCCGUGUGCGACGAGUGCUUCAUCACAGAGCAGGAGCAGCUGCUCAACGAGACGGGAGAGUUCACCAUCGAGACAGAGGGCAAGACGUUCAAACUCACAAAGGACAUGGUCAGCGUGAAGCGGUUCCAGAAGACUCUGCACGUGGAGGAGGUCGUUCCCAAUGUAAUCGAGCCGUCGUUCGGCAUCGGUAGAAUCAUGUACACCAUCUUCGAGCACACAUUCCACGUUAGGGAAGGCGAUGAACAGAGAACGUUCUUCAGCUUCCCUGCGACGGUAGCUCCAUACAAAUGUUCCGUCCUGCCUCUGAGUCAAAACCAAGAAUUCAUGCCGUUCGUAAAGGAAUUAUCUGAGGCAAUGACCAAAAACGGCGUGUCUCACAAAGUGGACGACUCGUCAGGAUCCAUCGGGAGACGCUACGCCCGGACAGAUGAGAUCGGCGUGGCGUUCGGCAUCACCAUCGACUUCGACACAGUGAACAAGACUCCGCACACGGCCACCCUGAGAGACCGCGACUCAAUGAGGCAAAUCCGGGCCGAGGUCGGCGAGCUGCCUGUGAUCGUUCGAGACUUGGCAAACGGCACGCUGACCUGGGCGGAGGUGGAGAGCAAGUACCCCAUCUUCGAGGGACAGGAGACCAGCAAGAAGGACACAGUCGAAGAGUAAAAGUUCACCCGCCUGCCAGCCACUCAAUGGAAAUCCACAGACUCGUUCACGUCUGCACCACCAGGGAGAAACCUGCGACUGUAAUUGUGAUUAGGAUCAGUGGUGCGCCGAGACACUAAUUUGUGUUCCGCACCACUACAAUCACUUAAAUGUCAUGUAUUUAUCAUAUCUAACAGUUGUGGAAAAGCUUGCACAGGACUGUUCCUUCACCGAUGGGCGUCAUUUCAUCAACCUAUCUCUAUGUAAUUUUGUUUUAAAAGGGAGAGCGUGUAAUCAGGAUGUUGUAAGUGGAAGUGAAUGUCCACCAUUCCAGUUUUCAGGCAGAUUGGAUUCAGAUAUUUAACACUUUCAAUAAAAACAGCCACUUACUGGACAUGGGCAAA